UUUGUCUCCUACCUUUUGUCUCUUCGUGUUCUCUCUCCUAUCUGAUCCCUCCUCUGCUCUCCUACGCAGCAACAUUAAACACUGCGACUUCUCACUCACUUCUACAUACCUCUAUGUUCUCUCCUUAAGUUGCCCGAUCGACUGUGAGAGGUGUUGAGUUGGAGCGGUGUAUACAGAAGUACAAAUAGCUAGCUAGAGGUGCGCGCGGCUUCUCUUUGCUGCCGUGUCGGUUGGUGUUGUCGAUCUUUGAAGCUUCGAGCUCGAUGACCAUGGAGAGAGCAACCAGGGAGGGGAACGAAAGCGGUGGCGGCGCCGGCGGCGUGAGGCAAUACAACAGGUCCAAGGUGCCGCGCCUCAGGUGGACGUCUGGCCUGCACCGCUGCUUCGUCCACGCCAUCCGCAGCCUCGGAGGCCACCACAGGGCUACGCCGAAGCGAGUUCUGCAGCUGAUGGGGGUGGGAGGGCUCACCAUCUCUCAUGUCAAAAGCCAUCUGCAGAUGUACAGAAACAUGACGAACGAUCUCGGAAUGCGAGGUCUGCAAAUGGAGCAGACGGAUGAGAAGUGCACAAACGGAGGAGGCAAUGACAUGGAAGUAUGCACCGAUAGGCAACAGUGUCACGACGAUGAGUGCGAUGUCCCCGGCAGCUACACACCAAAGCCUAGAAAGGAGUCGCUGCCGCUUCACCCCCAACUGAAAAGCGCAACGGAGACAAGACGCGAGGAGCGGGGGAACUGCGACGACGCGAGCGCGAGCCCCACAAGUCUGGCAAGAUCCCAAGGAGGAGGAAUAUGCGACAGUACCGCCAUGUCGUCGCCGCCGAACCUACUGCAGAGCUGCAGCGUCGCGUCAGGUGGAUGCUACAGCUACGUGCGGCACAUGAUUCAGGCGCAGGCCGUGCCGCACGCGGCGCCCAUGGCUCGCCUGGUGGAGCCCGGCGUUUUGCCGCCGGGAAUAAUGCAGCGGCAGCAACAGCGACGAGCAGAGCCGUGGAUGCCACCAGCCCGAUUGCGCGGCGAGGAUGGCGAACUCGCCGCCGUCUCCCGGCUCGAAUUCCUGGGCUUCCUAGUGGCUCCGGUGCCGCCUCAUCAUCCUCCUGCCCGCGGCGAUGGCAACCCAUUCGAGACCAGAAGGAUUCCCGCCAGUCCUGUCCCAUACACGGCGGGCUCAGCCUGCACCGGCGGUUUCCACCGACUCGAACAGCCGGGCAAUGCCGCCGGAGCCGACGCCUGGACGGCCGGAUUCGCGAAGCUACCGUCCGUGGCCGGCGAAGGAGGCGUCGGUUGCUCACUCUCGUUGUCGCUAGCACUGGCGUUGGAUCCUGCUGGAAGCGGCGGCGGCGGCGAGGGCAGCAUGCUCUCAUCGUCGACAGCGUCGUCUGGGAGCGUGAUCAGCCUCGAUCUGUCGCUCUCCACGCUUGACUCGUAGGAACAACCAGGAUGGGCCUUCAUGGGUUUGGUGUGACUGAUUUCGCCUAGUUCGGGUUCGACUUUGGGUCCAGCAAACUGCUAAUGCGUCAAAUAGCAGCAUCUGCUACUUUUUUUUUUAGCUUACCAUGGAAAAAAAAAAGAUAACAAUGCUGGACCCAAAGUUGAUCACUUUUAUAAAAUGUGAAAUGUUACUAACGCUGAAAACAUAAAAUGUUCACUGCGUGGAA